AUGAAGGAGCAAGUAUACCAGAAGUACGAUGCGCCACAAGUCACGGAGACCAUGCUACAAGACGCCGCGAUCCUCUUCAGUGAGAACUAUGGCGUGUGGGACGAGCAAGCGACUGUAAAGAUAGGUAGUCCUGUGCGUCUCAGUAAAGACCGGCUUCGAUCUCAGUACCUCCCCGAUAAUGCCACAUGUUUCUAUGUCAAGGUUACUGUCGAUGGCCAGCUCGCUGGUAACGCAUUCGCCUGCCGUUGGACGGUCAAUGACAAAACUGUGUGUUGGGUCACUCAGUUGGUAGUUGAUCGCAACUAUCGAGAGCGUGGACUCGCAAAGGGCCUCUUGAAUCAACUCAAACAAAACGACGUCGAUAUCUACGGCCUCAUGAGCUCCCAUCCUGCUGCCUGUCUCGCAGCUGCGAAAGCAUUUGGAGACUCCAUCAGCACACUCCAAUUAGGCCCUAUCGGGAAAUAUGCGGAAGAGAUUAUGAAAGCGUCGCCCAUAGAUUAUGUCAAGGGUGCCAAACUCCGCGGCAGCGUUUUCAACCCUGGUGACACCAGCGGCCUUGUUUCGUCUGCUGAUUCGGCAUUUUUCGUCGACCACAAUGAACCACUCGAAGCUUUGGCACGGGUGCGAGAGGAAAUGGACUGGCCCCUUGGUGAAUUAGUUGAUGGACAUGAAUUCCUCCUUAUUCUUGAAGCCAGACGUCGUUCUCGAUUUAGGUCUACGUCUAGGCCAGAGUCUAGCUCCUAG